UAUUGCCCGAGAGCUCUAGAGAUCCAGCGGCUAGAGAGAGCGAGAUUACGCUUUUCCAUGGCUUUUCCGUUUGAAGUGUGCAACGUUUGCCUUGAUAAGUAUGGGAAAAUCAAGCAUAAAGUCCAGUCGUUGGUGGAAUCAAGGUGUUUACGGCAGCCGAACCCACACAAGGGCGUCACUGUCCGAGUCAGAAUCGUUGAUGGCAUCUUGGAACCAAGAGUCCGCCCAAUGGCAAAAGUUUUUUUCAGAGGUUACUUUGUAUACUGUGAUCCAGACAGAUGCAUAGGAGAGCGUUGCACAUUUCCGCACUGCUCAAAGGAGAAGGAGGAAUGGAAUGCUCAAAAAUUUUCCAUCUCCGUCAGUUCGCCGCCAGUCAGCGCCCCGACCUCUUCACCUUCAAUACCAGUCCAGCCGGUUUCUACUGAUAGUGCAGACAACAGGAAGAUGGAUUCACCAAAGGAUCCCUGGCCAGAUUUUCCUGGUUUGGAGGCCCUCUAUAAAGAGGAUCUGCUGCAGCAACAAAGUCCUCGGGAGACUGCUCCAGGGAUAUCCACUCCAAAUAUGACUACCACUGUCACCCUCCCACCACAAAUCCAGUCACAGGGGGUUGUCAGCGCAAGUCUCUCUUCAGCAAACUCCUCUUCAGCCUAUUCGCAAACGAUGCAAGGGGCGGUUAAAGCAACACAACAACAGCCAAUGCUUUUACAAAGAAUGCAACAAAUGCCACUACAACCAAGGCAUACAUUGCCACCAUCGCCACAGCAACAAAUGCUUGCAGAAGUAUUGGCAGCACCAUCACCAGAAAGUGUUUCAAAGGCAACUGCUCCACAGCAAAGUUCAAUAUUUCACAAGCACCUUGUGGUUGGCAACUACCAUCAAAGGUUCCGGGAAUUGCUAAAAUCAGAGGAAAUUGCUCAUUCACAGCUUUUGAAAGAAAGAUGUGAUGAAAAGUAUGUACUCUGCCUGCACCAGGCAGGGCAGAAACCGGAAGAAUUAAACAUAAGGCCUGAUCAUGCUCGUUCUGGGUACCUCAAGGGAAUGGGCUGCGACGAAGUCAGCUAUGCUACUCAGUCGGCUAGCUCUGCAGUCGUUGAAUUGGGACAGUGCAGCGUCCAGUGUGACAUACUGCAAGAAAACAUGCGUCAUGCUGAAGAACGUCUCUAUGUUGGGUUCAAGAAAGAAGCAGUUCAAUUUCUUCUCUCACAUUUCGGUCAGCAAGGAAAAAGGGCCUUCACCUCUCCGGCACCACUGCCUGUUCAUUUUCGGUUGAAAUUAUCCUAUUUUCGAUCUCUGAAAGAGUCAAUUAGGCAGUUGCAGAAAGAUGCUAUUUCACGCAUCAUCCCCAGCUCAACUAAUUUCACUCCCAUCAAAAAUGCAGAAAGUGGUAUGUUGGAAUCCUACCGCGAAUAUUGUUCUCCUGAUCAGUAUGAAGCCUUGAAAGUGGUAACCUCUACCCCAGCAGCUGGUCCACCUGUUCUUAUUGCUGGACCUUUUGGCACAGGGAAAACCCGUGUACUUGCUCUUGCCUCACACUACUCAGUUGAAGAGAGCGUCUCCAAGAACAGUCGCCUUGCAAUACUUGUGUGCACGCAGCAACAAACAUCAGCAGAUGCUUUCCUUGCAAUGUAUAUUAAUCUUACAAGCAUGAAAGAAGAAAUAACGAUUUUUAGAUUACAACCGAAAUACCCAACCCAAAAUAACAGAUUCACAAAAACGGUUGAUAGCUUUAAAAAAGAAAUCAAAAGAAACUCUUUUCGAAGUCGGCAACGAUAUUUAAUUGUCACUACAUGCUUAACAGCCAAGCAGAUAGCCGAUGUUCUUCCCUCGUGGUUUAUCACACACAUCUUUCUGGAUGAAGGGGCUCAGAUGAGGGAGCCUGAAGCAGUGGCUCCUCUCUGUAUGGCUAGUAAAGACACAAAGAUUGUGAUCGCCGGGGACAAAUUUCAGGUUGGUCCAGCAAUUCUGGUGUUGGGGGAGGAGCCUCAGAAGUACGGUCUCUCCGUAUCUCUCCUGGAGCGGCUCUAUGAUCUCUACCAGGAUCUGGGAGACGUGGCAAAACCCUACUGUGCCCAUCUCUCCACCAACUUCAGAUGCCAUUCUGCAAUUGUAAACCUAGCCCGGCAGGUUGCUUACAAGUCCCCACUUGCAUGUGGUGUACGUGACCACAUAGCGCACCCGAUUGCCCCAUUUCCACUAUCGUUUGUGUGUACCAGCCUCGACCAUGAUGUCAAAGAGACCAAGGACAGCAUCUGUGAAAUCGAAGUGAAAGCUGCCCUUAAAGAAGCGUCAUAUUUUAUCAUGAAAUGGCCAGUGGAUCACUGGGGAGAGAGAGAUAUCAGUAAAAUGUGCUUUCUAUCUCCCUGCAGGGGACAGGUUAGUGCUCCUUUUACACGGCCCAUGUCAAGGUUCAUAAUUAUUGGCAAGGAGAAUAAUUAACCCUCGGUACACAUGCGCAGCGAGGGUUACAGUACUUGGUUCGUAAGUGUGUCUGUCCUUCCGUCCGUCUGUCUGCCUGUCUGUUUGUCUGUCUGUUACCAGGUUUUCUGCCACCACACGGCCGAAGAUCAAUAGUAACAGGUUCAGCGCUACACUGGCUUGAUUUUACAAAGGCGAUUUUCUACUGCGUUCUAAAGUUAUGGCGUGAAAACCAAGUGAACAAGCCAAUAUGCUAAUUAGCACAGGCUUACCUUGACUGGGUCCGCUUGCUCAGCUCUGAAGGCACAAGAAGUCACAACUAAGGGUGUGUAUCGACUCCUGCAUGCUAUCUACUACUGUAGCUAGCCCGUCUCAGACUCUCUGUGUGCAACUAGCGGGAGACCACGAGUAAUAGCCCAGGCCAUCAAUUAGCGGUGACUGUUGCACGGGGAGCAAAGGAAAGGAAUUUGUCCCCUCAAGUAAAACAUGUCCGAAAGCUGGCAACAUACCAGAUUCAAGGCCAGGAAUUCAGAGCUCUGUUCAUAAGCACCUCAGAGCCCACUACGCCAGACGGAGAAACGCGCGAUUCCAGAAGGAGCAUCUCAGACCCAGCAGUCUUCAUUACUGCCAUCACUCGGGCCAGAUCACUGGUAGUGGCUGUGGGGAACCCAUUCAUGCUACUCAGGAGGGAAGAGCACAUGGUGAAGAAAUACGGGGAACGUGGCCACUGUUGGAGCCUCUUCCUUAAGGCCUGCAUUGACAACGGAACACUCUCAGUCUACCAGGGAGAAUCUGACGACACACGUACUGGCCUUGAGCGACUAAAGAGGAUGAUCCAUGAACUGGUGUCUCACCUUCAUUUACCUCCACCGCUUGAAGAUUCAAAUGAGACCAGGAAAAUUGCUCCCUCUGUCAUUAUCGUUCCUGAAACACCCACCAAGGUCUCUCCGGCUUCUCCACAACACACUACAGUGGACACUUCAACAGAACUUCAUGAGUUCAAAGAUCAUGUGUAUGAAGAAGAACUAGGACAAGGUGGAUUUGGAGUUGUUUGUAGAAUGCAACACAAGGUCGAUAAGAAAAGAUAUGCAGUGAAGAUUGUUAGACUCUGUGAUAGACCCGAUGAAGAGCAGAAAGUGAUGCGAGAAGUUGAGGCACUAGCCCGAUUGGAUCAUCCCAACAUUGUCCGAUACUAUGACUCCUGGAAGUCAAGGGCACCACCAAAUUGGCAGCAAAUUUCCCCAUGGAAACAGCUCCCCAGCAGUUACUCUAUGUCAUAUCCCAGUGGGAGACGGACAGGAGAAACUGAAAGUCAGAACGCAGCCCCAGAUGCCAGUGCUACUCUGAGUCCCUACAUCAGCUCCAACUCAUCAGAAUCAGGACCUACAGCAUCAGAAGCUGCUGUGGUUGAAUAUAGCACAGUUGAUGUGCUUCAUGGCGAUGCUCCUGAAACUGAAAAAAGGAAAAGCUUGAACCCUUUGAGGCUGGACCCAGAGCCUCCAGUUUGCUUGUGUAUCAAGACAGAGCUGUGUGAGCGGGAAACAUUGAAGGCAUGGCUGAGAGCACACAAGGAAGACAGAAAGCGAAAGGAGGUCACUGCCUGGUUUGUUGAGAUAUUGAAGGGUGUGAUGUACAUUCACUGUGAAGGUCUGAUUCACAGAGACCUCAAACCAUCAAACAUCUUUUUCUCCCUUAGUGGAAGGAAAAUUAAGAUAGGUGAUUUUGGUCUUGUGACAACUUCACAAGUUGACUUGGGUGAAGCAGCAUCUCACAAGAGCAAUUAUGUUGGCACAAGUUACUACAUUAGCCCUGAGCAGAACAAAAAGGAAAACUAUGGAAGGGAGGUGGAUAUUUAUGCACUUGGCAUAACUUUUUUCGAAAUGAACUACCCAUUCAUUACUGAUAUGGAAAAGGAUAAGGUCCUAACUGCACUGCGAAAUGAUGGAAUAUUCCCUAAACACUUUAAGGAUCAUCUUUACCACGAGGCAAACAUUAUAAAAUGGAUGUUGACUGUGGACCCACAAAAAAGGCCAUCAGCAGAAGAAGUUUUCUCAAGUGAAACAAUGAAAAGACUGCAGAGGAGUUCUAACAAAAGCAAAGCUACCAUUCCUCUACUGUAGAAACCAAGCUAGCUAACAUGUCUUCUUGUGUUUUUAGUGGAAGGCUGUUGCUGCGCGCGUGAUCACGCAAACGUCACUCAGCGGCGCGGCGCAAUGGUAUAUUUGCGCAUGCGUAUUGAGACGCGAGACGGCUGGCGACCAUGUGCGGUUCGUAACUGCAAGUUUCGUUGCUGCAGAGCUGUAGUUACGCAUCAAUGACAGACAAAGACCGAACUGUUAGCGCAUUCGCAGGUGUCCGCUCACUGCACCCGCUGGUAGUGGGCCACAUGUGCAAACAAGGGACGCGAACUUUCGCAUUUGCAAAGCGAUACUUCGCCCUCUACGACGGUGGUCUGCUGGCGUACUACGACCACGAGCGAGACUACACGAAGGACGUGAAAAGGCACAAAGGAGUUCCUCUCAACUGUACACUGGUAAAGCUAGACGGUGCGUAUGUGACCAGACCCAAGGCUCCUCCUCACGGGAUAAAGCAUUGCUUUAUCCUACACGCACCAGAAAAAUCUAACCAUAGAGAUGGGUUUCUCCUGGUGUGCCAGAAAAAGAAGGACAUGAACAUAUGGAUUGAGCACCUUGUGGCCCAGAACACAAACGCGGCUCUCACAGCUAGCAUCAAGAAGCAGAAGAUCCACCCCUACAUCCUGAGACUGAGGCUCCAAAACUCUACUAAUGGAAGAAGAAGACCAAGGAAGUGGCACUCUAUCUCUGACCUGAACUCAGACUGGCUGAAGAGAGCCAGCUACACCGGGACCCCUGGAGAGGUCGCCUCCACUUUUCACGUGGCCUCUGAAACAAAGAUGUUAGAGUCACCGAACUAAGAGUAAACAAUGUCGACCAGCUACACAACCUCUCACCUUCAGGCCAGAAAAUCGGGAAUGCGGAGAGGAAUGUUGAUGACAGUGUUACAGCAGUAUGCACAGGAGCAAGAUGUCUGGCGGGGAAAGCCCGGAGAGAGUAUUCCACCUCUUACUGGUGCCAUACCAGCUGAUGAGAAACACAAGUGUAAACCAGAGGACCAGGU